UAUAGGCCGGGAAUGGCCUGAAAUUGGACAAGGGGUUGCUCGUGUUCUCCCGCUUCUUAUAUACCUGCCUACCCCGGGGAAGUGCCAACCCAAGAGUUUCUAUACGAUCUAAGUCACUCAACCUUCGAUCGUCUAGGAACAAAAUACACUGGGAAGCAAAGGUCGCCCCGAAAAUGAUGCGUCUCGGACUUUCUGUCACCUACGCUUUGGCAUUGGUGGCCGGUGCUUUGGCCGUUCCAUCGCAGCAUUUAGACACUCGCCAGCAGCCGUUUAAGUCGACAGCUAUUAGCGACCAUUCCGAGCCAUGGGCGAUCGCCUUCCUACCCGAUAACCGCGUCCUCGUCACCGAGAGACGAGGAAACCUGCGUCUUGUCGACCCGACCACCAAGACUAAGGGCACCAUCACCGGUGUGCCCACCGUCGCCUAUGGCGGCCAGGGCGGUCUCCACGAUGUCGCUUUGCACCCUGAAUACGCUGACAACAGUAUUAUAUAUCUCAGCUACGCCGAAAGCGGAUCUGGCGGGGCAGGUGGCGCAGUCGCGCGGGCCAAGCUAACGCUAGACAACAACGGCGGCGGCGCGCUGUCCGGCCUCGAGGUCAUUUGGCGCCAUUCGCAGAAGGCUUCGGGCGGACUCCAGUUCGCCUGUCGACUGCUCUUCGGCCCCGACGGUGCUCUGUGGAUCUCUUCCGGUGAGAUUAACCAGAUGACACCGGCCCAGUCCAUGACCAGCAACCUCGGCAAGGUGAUCAGGCUAUACGAAAAUGGCACCGCCUUCGAGGGCAACCCGUUCGCUAGUCAAGGUGCCGUCCAGGCGCAGAUCUGGUCGCUGGGCCACCGCAACCCAUUGGGCAUUGACUGGGACGCCGAGGGGCGUCUCUGGGAGGUCGAGAUGGGACCCAUGGGCGGCGAUGAGCUCAACCUGAUCAAGUCAGGCGCCAACUACGGCUGGCCGGUGGUAUCCGAGGGUCGCCACUACGACGGCCGAACGAUCCCGAACCACAGCACGCGCCCCGAUAUCGAGCCGCCCAAGGCCUUCUGGGUCCCCGUCAUCUCCCCGGCCGGCUUGAUCAUCUACAAGGGUAGCCUGUUCUCCAGCUGGACGGGCAAUGCCAUCAUCACCAGUCUCAGCUCGCAAUCAAUUGUGCGCGUUACCAUCACUGGCGACACGGCGAAGGAGGCUCAGCGCAUCUCAAUGGGUAAGCGCAUGCGCGGUAUCCGAGAGGACAAGGACGGCGCCAUCUGGGUGGUCGAGGAUGGUCCUUCCGGCAGGCUCUUGAAGCUUACCCCGAACUAAACUUGUGUUAGCGAAAGACUUGGAAGAUUUGGGACCGCUUGUACAUAAAGUGCUUAGGUAGAUUAUACUGUCGUUUUUGCGUGCUAUAAGAUCGGCGCAUUUUACCUCGCAACCUGUUGGUAGAUGGC